UAAAACUGUGUAAUCCAUUGACUGAACCCAAAGAAAAAACAAGACAGACAGCAAAAGAAGGACUGAAAAUGAGUCCACCAAUAAAGGUCUUGGAAUGAGGACAGUAAUCAACAAUAUCACUACCAGUCUGCUCAUUGGCUUCUUUAAAAAGUGUAGAAAAAAAAUAUGAAGAAGAUCUUCUGGAAGAUGGCUGUUGUCUUUGCAGCUUGGUGCUGCUCCACAUCCUUUGCCUGUCCCCAUAACUGCACUUGCCAUUUAAAUGCCAAUUCCACAGCUGUGGUUUGUAGUUCUUUGCCCAUAGAAGAAUUUCCCACAGACAUACCCACUAACACAAUUUCACUGUCCAUUGAGUUUACAAAUCUGAGCAACAUUAUGUCACACCACCUCGAGAGGAUGCCCGAACUAAAGGAACUCCAUCUAUCUGGGAAUAAGAUCCGUUUUUUGCCAUCUGGCUUUCUGAAAGAUCUCCCUUUACUUCAGAGUCUUGAUCUUACAGGCAACCAGCUCCGUGAUCUUCCUCAAGAUGUGUUUUGCUGCUCAGCUCUAGAAAAUCUGGUCCUCAAAGGCAAUCAACUAUUGAAAGUAAACAGCUCGUUGUUCCAUAAUCUAAACAACUUGACUUGGUUGGACUUAUCUGACAAUCAUCUAGAAUCUUUGCCACUGACUCUGUUAAAAGAUAUGCACAAUCUAAAGAUCAUUGACCUUUCCAACAAUAAAAUGGAAAAGAUCCCAAAUGGUUUGCUACAGUUUGUCCCUCAAUUAGAGAGGCUGCAUCUCAACAACAACAAGCUUAGCACCAUGGAGGCUCAGAUAUUUAAUAAAAUGGGUAAUCUCACGCAUCUCUUUCUUCAGGAAAAUUUGCUGAAAAAAGUUCCCUAUGAUCUCUUACAAAACUUAAAGUCCCUCGUUUCUCUUGAUCUCAGUGACAAUGGCCUGACUUCCAUCCCACAGGGACUCUUUGAUAAGUUGGAGAGACUUGGAGAAAGUGAAGGCCUGGGUCUUGAUUUAAGCAAUAAUCCAUGGAACUGUGACUGCAGCAUCAAAUAUCUGUGGCAAUGGCUUCAAAAUCAUAAAGAGAAGGUCUUUUACUUGGAAAUGAUUAGAUGUGCUACACCAGAGCCGCUCAAAAGAAGGAAAGUCUUUUCUUUAUCGGAGAAAGAGAUCAUCUGUUAAAAUAAAUAAAAAUGUAUUGCUCCGACACAAAUUAACAUUACCAUUCACUCUUCCUUGAGCAAUACCAAUAUAAAAUAUAUUUCAGAUUGUUUCAAUGUUUUAUUGUUCAUUUUUUAAAUAUCUACUAAGAAAAACUUGAAUGCAUAAAUAACAAAGGAUUAAGUAACGAUAUGCUACUAUAUCUACUUAUGCAUUUGUCAUUUCAUUUUCUGAACUCACUUUCGCUAGUACUGGAUUACAGUAAGAUGAAAACUGCUGUACCUCAGCAUUGUCACACAGGAACAAGCCUUGGCAUGGCACCACAUGCACCCACACUAACUCAACCGAUCCACUUAAUAUGAUAGGAAAUGCUUAGAAUAAUUUCACAUUCCACACAAGGGCUCUGCCUGGGAAUUGAUCUGCCAGUAGCAGUAACCUCUAGACCUCAGUGCUGCCUUACACACCUGUGAUUUAAUAGAAUGGCUGUUCGUCUUGCAAAGUUGAUUGAUAGUACACCAGAAACAACACAAGAGGGUGCUAAAGUCAUGGCCAUCAAGCUGAGGCUGUGCAAAAUUUGUCAUCAACAAUACUGAACUGAAAGUGUUGCUCUGUUUGUGCGUGUCAGCAUGUCUGUUUCAAAAUUGUUAAAAAAUAAAUAAACUUUAACAUUCAGA